UGAUUUGAUGACGUAGCAGGUAAAUAAGCAAAAUAUCAACAAAGUAUCGUGACAGCCGAGAAAUAACUGCGCCAAAUCUCUAAAGCGACCAGAAGACGGUGAUUGAUGGCUUCAACACAACGAGCCGAUGUGUCCGAGGACCUUCACGACUCCUGGGUUGAGCUGAAUAACUCUGGCCCACAGGAUCCCCUGGUGCCCCAGUCUAUAUACAAUGGAAACCUGGAGAAGCUGCUUAUAGAUGCCCAAAAAGAAUCACGCACACCCUCACGUGCCAACAGUAAAGAAUCUUCAGCCAGGGGAAGCCCAAAGAGCCCACACAGUCCAAACAAUGAACUGGCAACACAGGACUCGGACAGAGAUCCAGGAACUGACUGGAUCUGGGAUUGGUCCAGUAGACCUGAGGCUCACCCUCCCAGUGACUGGAGUGGGCGAUUUAAACACCGCAUCAGUCGGGAUAAAGCGACCUCCCGGAAUACCCGAGUAACGAAGAGCGGCGUGUUUACUAUCGACCACCUACCACAACUUCUGCUCACACAUGCUUGUUCUUUCUUCCUGGGGGCUGCCGUGAUGUUUGUAUGCCUGAAGAGAUACUGCAGCUGGGCCACAGUUACCUCCCCUGCAAUGGACUGAGACAUGAUAAAGCGUACCCCAGAAAUGCGUUCAAGAUUAACAAAAUGGUUCUGACUUUGAAGUUUGGAUUUUUCUGCCUGGAUAUUCCCGGUGAACACAAGGUCACCAGGAGGCAUCCCCUGUCUAUAUAGUUAUCUGAAAUCAAAAUAUCUGAUGUGUUGUACUUAUUUAUUGGACAUUUAUCUUCGCUGUAUUGAGUCUAAUUUGAUCCCAAUGUUUUUGACCCAAGACAUUUGAUAUUUGACAUAUUUCUUUUUGUGUGGAUAUUUUUCUAAAUUUAAAAACAUUUCAGUAUUACAUCCCUCUAUGAAUAUACCAAUGUAUACCAGGUAUGUUAAAUACAAAUUGAAGUCUUCAUUUUCGCUCAAAAUGUAGCUUCAGAUCAAAACCCCCAGGAAUGUUCUCAAGGGAUGUUUUUUAAUCCUUCCUCCAAUUCUAAUCCUUACUGUGCUCCUCCCUUGCUAUAAAAACUGGGUACUUUUAAGAGUCUAUACAUUAUUUGAUUUUCCAUUCCAUGAUUUUUUGGUACAAUACAUACAUAUUUGUUUUUAUGAUGACACCAUUUUAAUGUAUCGAUUUUCAAAGUGGAAAAAAAUAGUAUGAUUUUUUCCCUACCUAUGUUUAUUAAGAAAGUUUCUAGAUUUUCAGUCUAGAUAUGUGAUUUUACUACACACCUUGGUUUCUGUAGAUCAGAUCUUGACUUUGGUUUCUGAAGAUCAGAACUGGACUUUGGUUUCUGUAGAUCAGAUCUGUACUUUGGUUUCUGAAGAUCAUAUCUGGACUUUGGUUUCUGUAGAUCAGAUCUUGACUUUGGUUUCUGAAGAUCAGAACUGGACUUUGGUUUCUGAAGAUCAAUCUUGACUUUGGUUUCUGAAGAUCAGAACUGGACUUUGGUUUCUGAAGAUCAAUCUUGACUUUGGUUUCUGAAGAUCAGUCUUGACUUUGGUUUCUGUAGAUCAGAUCUUGACUUUGGUUUCUGAAGAUCAAUCUUGACUUUGGUUUCUGAAGAUCAAUCUUGACUUUGGUUUUUGAACCAAAAAAUAAUGAUUGUGAGACAUCAGAUGUUUCUGUAAUUAUGCUCUGUUGUCCACGGUGAUGAUCAUUUAAUUGACACACAUCCUUAUUUAG